AUGAAUAAGCUUGAAAAAGUAGUUGUAGUAGUUCCAGAGAAGAGUAAGCGACAAGAUAAAGAUUACAGUGAAAAUAAGGUAGUUAAUAAACAAGAGCUAGUAGUUCCAAAAGAAAGUGUAUUUAGAGGACCAAGUACUAUAGAUGGGAAGAUGCAAGUUAACAUGCACCAAGAUACAGUGGUUGUAAAAUUGAUGCAUGUAUCAGAAGUACUGGCUAAAUUAGAAGUUAGUAAAGAAAAUGGUAGAUCAAUGAAUAGUAGGGGAGUCGAGUCUCAAGUUGCUGAGGCAGCAAUGAGUAAAGGUAGAAAAUGGAAGAAACAGCAACCAGCAGAAAGGGUGUUUACAAGCAGUGCUGUGAGCAACAAAGAAAACAGUAAUUCCAAGGUUGAAGGACCGACAUCAAAGCCAAAAAAAAAACAAGUCCAAGACCUAAACGAAGAGGGGCUACAAGACAAUUUGAAUGCCCGGCAAGGUAGUACUCUCAGUAGUAGUAUGGGCAAUAGAGGUGCAGUGACAGAAAAGUUGAAGGAGUGUCAGGCCAACAUG